AUGGUCUUGUUGCUAUGUACAAAAUAAUCAGUCAGGGAAGAUUAAAGGAUUUUCAUAAGGGCGACUUUUUUUCAAACUGUAAAAACACACAUAAAGGGAAGCUUUUUUGUGGAAAAAAAUUAACCAUGGCAACUUCAAUGGCUCCUAAUAUCGUUGCUGAUGGCUUUACAAGCAAGUCUAGAUUAAAAAAUGCAAAGGUGAAACACCCUCCGAAAUGCGGUGCUUUUAAAGAAAGACCAGCUACCAAGACAAGCUUCCGUAAGUUUUAUGAAAGAGGAGAUUUUCCCAUUGCUCUUGAACACGAUACAAAGGGCAAUAAGAUCGCCUGGAAGGUCGAACUGGAGAAGUUAGAUUAUCAUCAUUAUCUGCCUCUUUUUUUCGAUGGGCUUCGUGAGACAGAACAUCCAUACGAGUUCUUUGCCAGGCAAGGUGUUCACGAUAUGUUAGAACAUGGAGGUCAGAAAAUAUUACCGGUGGUUCCACAGCUUAUAAUUCCCUUGAAAACAGCACUGAACACGCGAAAUCAUAAAGUUGUUUGUACGACAUUGAAGGUUCUGCAGCAUCUCGUCGUGUCUGGAGAAAUGGUCGGCGAAGCUCUUGUGCCUUAUUACAGACAAAUCUUGCCAAUUUUGAACAUAUUUAAGAACAAGAACAUAAAUUGUGGAGAUCGCAUCGACUACAGCCAACAGCGUCGGGAAAAUAUAGGUGAUCUCAUUCAGGAAACUCUUGAAAGUUUUGAACGUACGGGAGGCGAAGACGCUUUUAUCAACAUCAAAUACAUGGUUCCUACAUACGAAUCUUGCAUGUUGAAUUAAAACAUUGGUCAAGUAUAAACUAACAGUUGUAUUUUAUUGCUUAAUGUGCAAAUAAACUAAUAGACAAAAA